UCCGGCGCAGUAACAACAGCCAUGGCGGCAGCAGUGCGACUUCUCCUGAGAGCUGGUAGCGCUUGCAAGUCUUCCGUGGCCAAUGUUCACCGUGGUGCGGGGGGCGGUCUUGGCAACGCGGCGCCGAGCGCUUCUUCGGUCUGCGCCCCGCACACGAGCACGCAGAGGCGCCAUGCUGCGCACUUCACGUUCCAGCCUGAGCCGGUGCCCUCUCAGUACGGACCAACUCAGAAGAUGAACCUGUUCCAGUCAGUGACCAGUGCCUUGGACAACACCCUUGCCAGUGACCCCACCGCAGUCAUCUUUGGGGAGGAUGUGGCCUUCGGCGGUGUGUUUCGCUGUACAGUGGGACUCCGAGACAAGUAUGGUAAGGACCGCGUGUUCAACACCCCCCUGUGUGAGCAAGGCAUUGUGGGAUUUGGGAUAGGACUGGCUGUCGCUGGUGCCACGGCCAUUGCAGAGAUCCAGUUUGCAGACUACAUCUUCCCUGCUUUUGAUCAGAUAGUGAAUGAAGCGGCUAAGUACCGGUAUCGGUCGGGAAACCUGUUCGACUGUGGGAACCUGACCAUUCGCGCACCCUGGGGUUGUGUGGGCCACGGUGCGCUGUACCACUCGCAGAGCCCAGAGGCCUUCUUCGCCCACUGCCCGGGCAUCAAGAUUGUGAUACCAAGAAGUCCAGUGCAAGCUAAAGGUCUUCUGCUGUCCUGCAUCAUAGACAAGAACCCAUGCAUUUUUUUUGAGCCCAAGAUUCUUUAUCGAGCUGCAGUGGAGCAAGUCCCCAUGGAGUCCUACCAGAUCCCACUGUCCCAGGCUGAGGUCCUGCAGGAAGGAAGCGACAUCACACUGCUGGCUUGGGGAACGCAGGUUCACGUGAUGAGAGAGGUGGCUGCCAUGGCACAGGAGAAACUAGGUGUGUCCUGUGAGGUCAUUGACUUGAGGACUAUCCAGCCCUGGGAUAUUGAGACUGUCUGCAAGUCAGUGGUGAAGACAGGACGACUGCUCGUCAGCCACGAAGCCCCAGUGACUGGAGGAUUUGCUGCUGAAAUCAGCUCCACGGUGCAGGAAGAGUGUUUCCUGAACCUGGAGGCUCCCAUCACUCGGGUGUGUGGCUAUGACACACCCUUUCCACACAUCUUUGAGCCUUUCUACAUCCCUGACAAGUGGAAGUGCUUCGAUGCUGUCAAGAGAAUGAUAAACUACUGAUCUCCAGUGUUGCAGGUUAGCUCAUCUCCCUCUGCUCCUCAGCAUCCUUUUGAACCCCAGUUGUGAUGCACUCAAGGGGAAGGGACGGCUGGUUUCCCGCAGCUAGGUGCUCCUGCAUGUGGUGGCCCAUGGGUGUUAGCAAGCAGCCCUUAUGUGGUUCCUUUCAGAUCCUUGAAGGUCCUCCACUGUGAGUUUUCUCUGCUACUCACCAACUCACCAUCCUCAUCAGUGUGUGCUCCUGACCGUGGAGAAGCAGCGGUGUCCGUGACGCCUCCGACAGAUCCGUCCAGCGGUGUCCUGCCGCCAGCUGGCUGCGGUCAAGCGUCCAUUCCUCAGUGCUCGUGAGGAUGCCGUAGGAGCUCCUUUGGAGUCCACUGGAAUAACGCACCACUUUGGCUCAGUGUGUGAACGCCUUUUGUUUUAUUUUGCUGCUGGUGACUCAACUAGAUGUUCUGUUUUAGAUUUGAACAAAUAAAACAAGCUUACAUUGGGCUUA